GAGUGGUCGCGAUAUUAUUACUAUCACCUGCAGCGGAGGAUGGGGUACUGAUAAUGGGCGGAGGGAAUAGGCUCGCUUUCCGUAUUUUUAACUCACCGCAAACGAAGCAUCGUCGGUCAUUCGGUUGCCGUCAACCGAGUCGCAUAGGACCCACCCUCCCACAUAUCUGGUUGUGAUUUUUGUGUCGAUUACGCCAAAAAGGAUCAUGCUGCUGAUCGAUUGCUUCCGUCGGCCAUCGCACGAGCUGCAGGCAAGGAAAAAACAAUCGUCCAAAGAGCUGGUGCAGAUGCGCAAACUUUACCGCGAUCCUGUAAAGGUGCUGCUGCUCGGUGCGGGUGAAUCAGGCAAAACCACCAUCAUCAAGCAGAUGCGCAUCCUGCACAUACAGAACAGCUACAGUUUCGAUGAACGGUUGGAGAAGCUGACGGACAUUUACGAAAAUAUACACGAAUCGAUCUACGAGCUGGUGCGGCAGGUAAUACUGCUCGAGCUGGAGUUCGAUUCGGUCAGCAAUCAACGGUGUGCGGAGUACAUUCUACGAAUGGGGCAACAAGCGCCGUGGAAUCUCUCGUCCGAGUACGUGCAGAACGUCCGCCGGCUGUGGUCGGACUCGGGUGUCAAACGGUGCUACAAACGCUCGAACGAGUUCCAGCUGAUCGAAAGUGCAAAGUACUUUCUCGAUCGCGUGGAAAAGAUCUCAAUGCCAGGAUACAUACCGACCAACAGUGACAUUUUGAAUUGCCGUAAGAUCACAACCGGUAUAAAGGAGAUCCGCUUCAAUGUGCGCAUGCCCAGCUCGCUCGGUGGCGGUAUGCAGGAGUUUCGCAUGUUUGAUGUCGGUGGGCAGCGGCAUCAUCGCAACAAAUGGAUGCAAGCAUUCGAGGGCGUCCAAGCGGUCCUGUUUCUGAUCUCUUGCGGUGGGUUCGACCAAACGUUGCGGGAAGAUCCGAAGCAGAACCGGUUGGCGGAAGGGUUCGAGCUGUUCCGAGGCGUUUGGCACAAUCGGUUUCUGGCCGAAACCGGUGUGAUCGUGUUUAUGAACAAACAGGAUGUGCUGGAACGGAAGCUGCUGGCGGGCAAAUCGAUACGAACGUACUUUCCCGACUAUGAUGAUUAUGUUGCAUUUGCGGAUAAGGACCAGCUGUACGAUGAGCUGACGCGCACGAGAUCUUUUAUCCGCUCGAAACUGGUGGACAUCACAAACGAACCACCGAGAAGGACAUCUCAUCUGGUAGGUCGGAAACGCACGUGCUACUUCCAUUUCACCAUUGCUACCGACACGCAGAACGUGCGCACCGUUUUCAACGAUGUGCACAAUAUAAUCCUGACGAAAAACCUUUCCAAAAUGGAUUUACUUUAGAGUUGCGAGAUCUGUAAGGCUAUGUUAUGACUAUUUAUUGCGUGUCUUUGCUGGCUAUAGUGUAGUAAUGGAUGUUUAUUAGAUAAACAAAUAUAUCUCAAUUUUGUGAAUUAAAUUCUGUGCAAUGAUACUU